GAGAAAUUGAAAGAGAUGCAGAGGUUUUUUGGGCUCAAUGUCACUGGAACGCUGGACAUAGAAACACUGGAGGUGAUGAAGAAGCCCCGGUGUGGAGUUCCAGAUGUUGCUGCGUACUCCACGUUUGAAGGCAGACCUAAAUGGCAGACCAACAUGCUCACUUACAGGAUUGAGAACUACACCCCUGACAUGUCAGUAGCAGAGGUGGAUGAUUCCAUCAGAAGGGCCCUACAAGUGUGGGCAGAUGUCAGUCCUCUGAGAUUCACCCGAAUCUACAACGGCACAGCUGACAUCAUGAUCUCCUUUGCUACAAAAGAUCAUGGUGAUGCUUACCCAUUUGAUGGACCACAAGGCACUUUGGCUCAUGCUUUUGCUCCCUCCCCUGGAAUUGGUGGAGAUGCACAUUUCGAUGAUGAUGAGGUUUUCACCUUCCGCUCAUCAGGAGCAAGUUAUAUCCUGUUCUUGGUGGCAGCCCAUGAAUUUGGUCACUCUUUGGGUCUUUUUCAUUCCAAUGUUCCUGGCUCUCUGAUGUUUCCCAUAUACAGCUUCACUGAUCCGGAUCGUUUCUCUCUGCACUCUGAUGACAUCACAGGGAUUCAGUCAAUCUAUCCACCUGUUCAAACGACUACUAAAGCAUGUAACUUUAACCUGAUCUUGGAUGCAGUUACAACUUUUAGGGGAGAAACAAUGUUCUUCAAGGAUAGCUUUUUCUGGCGUAGUUCUCCGAGCAGAAGUGUGUCGCAACUUCAGAUCAAGAGUUUCUGGCCAAAUGCCCCGGAUAAUAUAGAUGCUGCUUAUGAGGAUCCAGUGCAAGAUAAAGUUUUCUUUUUCAAAGGAAGACAAGUCUGGGCUUUUAAUGGAAACAAUGUUGAACCUGGCUAUCCCAAGACUCUCAGCAGCUUUGGUCUGCCACCAUCUGUGAAAAAAGUUAGUGCUGCCGUCCACGACAAAAACUCAGGAAAAACACUGCUCUUCUUUGACAUAUAUUACUAUAGCUAUGAUGAGAUGAUGAAGAAGAUGGACAAAGGGUAUCCCAAACGACUAAAAGUUGGAUUUCGAGGGGUGACUGCAGAGGUUACAGCAGCCCAUCUAUUCAAUGGGAACAUUUAUCUCUUCAGUGGGACAAAGGUGUUUGAGUUCAGCAGGAGCAGGAAUCUCCUCCGUGUGCUGAAUAAUAAUUACUUCCUUCCCUGUUAG